CAUGCGACAAACUGACAGGACAACCUGUUCUUUCUCUUUCCCAUUUUUUUUUUCCUCCUUCUAUCCAAACAAAUUUCUUCUCCUCCCGCAAAACGCGAUGAAAUGAAAAGAAAAAGAAAAGAGAAGACCAAGGCAAAGUUCUCCUCCUCUUCCUCCUCCUCCUCCUCCGUCUCCGCCUUCUCCUCUGCCGCACCAUGGCUGUUCCGUUUUCUCUCUUUUGUCUUUUCCUACUAACUUUUGCUUCCUUUAAAUGCGCUUAUGCCGAUGCUAAUCUCACCCAACCUUCUCCGACGCCAAUCAACCGCGAUCUCUACCAUUCCAGUAGUGACUUGAUUGAAGAAAUAAAGUCUUUGGUCCAUAGACACCCCGAUAAACUAACUUUGGAGACUAUGAAAGCUGUGAAUAGAGGCUAUGAGGCAGAGAUAACAGCUGUUACUUAUUGUCGGAAUAGGAAAGAGAGUGAUGAUAGGUCAAAGUUCCGGAUCCUUCUUAUGAAAUGAUUCCUUGUCUUCCAGAGUUUUGGACAGCAUGGGAGGGAGCUUAUCACAACAGAGUUGGCAUUACGGAUCUUGUCAAUUUUAAGUGAAGAACAAUUUCUUCCAAAAAUAAAUCGAGCUACAUUAGAUAGCAUCCUCGAUAAGGUCGUUAUAAAGGUUGUGCCUAUGGAAAAUUUGAAUGGCCGGAAGCUUGUUGAAGCAGGGGAUCUUUGUGAAAGGAGAAAUGGGAGGGGGGUUGAUCUCAACCGGAAUUGGGGUGUCGAUUGGGGAAAGAAAGAGAAGGUUCAUUUUGGUCACCUAUUUUUAUAGACCUGUUUUUCCUAUUUCAUAAUUCUUACUGUGUUUGGAACUUUGGAUGUUUGGAUGCUCCCUGUUAUGAUCUUUGGCAAAAGAUGUAUAAAACUUUAUGAGAAAAGGGAAUAUUAGAACAUUCUGACACUUCCAAUCAAAGGAAAUAAAUAGGUAGGACAUAACCUGGGUCCCAGCUAAAUUCCCUCCAUCAUGCGACUAUGAUUGGAUGUCCUGACAUUUUUAAUGCCAGGACGUCCUGGUUUUCUGUUUUCUCAAACUUUAUUUCAGACUUGAUCUUUUAAAUGAUCUUUCCAUUAAAAUAUUUGGCGUAUUCUCCAACUGUAGGAUUAUGAUCCAUAUGAAGAGAAUCCUGGAACUGCUCCUUUUAGUGAACCUGAGACCCAAAUUAUGCGGAAACUUGCCAUAUCAUUGGAUCCUCACAUCUGGGUUAAUGUACACUCAGGGAUGGAGGCUUUAUUUAUGCCAUAUGACCACAAAAAUGUAACCCCAGAGGGAUUGUCAGCUUACCGUAUGAAAUUGCUGCUUGAGGAACUGAAUAAAAUUCACUGCCACAAGCGUUGUAUGAUUGGGUCGGGUGGUGGUUCUGUCGGGUUUGUAUUUCUAUACUGAGAAGCAAUGGCAAUUUGAUUUUAUAGUGAUUCCCAGAAUUAUAUGUUUUUGUAGACACGUAGAAUUUCAUGAACUUGAUGGAUAAGCCCAAUAUCCUACCAAUUGUCUAAAUAACCAUCCCUGUUGUUU